AUGCCUGUCGUCUCCGACUCUGACGAGCCGGCCACGAUCCGCCCGUUCGCCUGCAGCUUCGAGUGCGAGAAGGCGUUCGCGCGCAAGAGCGACCUCGAGCGCCACGAGCGCAUCCACAAGGGCGUCCGCCCGUGGGCGUGCGAGUUCGAGGGAUGCGGCCGCGACUUCAUCCAGCGCAGCGCGCUCAAGGUUCACGAGCGUACCCACACGGGUGAGCGGCCGCACGUCUGCAGGUGGGGUCCUUGCACCAAGGCGUUCAGCGACUCGAGCAGUCUCGCUCGCCACCGUCGUAUCCACACGGGCCAACGCCCUUACGCGUGCCUCGUCGCCGACUGCCGCAAAACCUUCUGCCGCAAGACGACCUUGACCAAGCACAUCCGCCGCAACCACACCCAGUACGCCGACAACCCCGAGACGGUGUCGUCGGCCAACUUUGACGACAUCCCGCUCGACGAGCUCGAGUACGUCUACGAGUCGGCGCCGCAGACGCCCGACGACGGCGGCGCGCACGCCUACCAGACGCCGCGCCUCGAGCAGCAGGGCGGCAUGCACUUUGCGCCGCCGCGCGAGACGUACUCGUACUACGACGACCAGGGCCGCCAGCUCGACAGCGGGCCGACGAGGUCGUCGUUGUACCCGCCGCACCUCGAGCACCGCCACGACGCGUCGCCCGGCGCCUGGUCGGCGCCCGGCUACUUUGAGCGCGAGCGCAAGCCCGUCGCGCGCAAGCUCCCCAAGGCGCCGCCGAUGAACCGCUCGGUAUCGCACCACGGCGCCCACCCGUACCUCACGCCGCCGCAGACCAACCCGGAGCGGUUCGAGCGCGAGCGCCGUCGUCGCGUCCUGCGCUCGCGGUACGACGACGAGGUGUACGAGGAGGUGUACGACGACGAGAUGGGCCUCGACGCGCAGGACGACGGCGACGGCGACUACAUCGAGGGCUCGGACGUGACGGACGUCAUGGCCGUCACGAGGUCGACGCGCGGCGCGAGUGGCGCUCGCGGCCGGCGCAACGCGACCGUCUCGAUCCCGGGCCGCCGCCAGGUCUCGCGCCAGCUCGUCUACGACGACCCGCCGCCGCGCCACGGGCGCCACGUGCAGCAGCAGCAGCUCGAGCACUACCCGCCGCGCCCGUACCGCCAGCACUCGUCGCGCCAGGCGCCGCCUCAGCAGCACUUCCUCCCGUCGCCGCAGCAGUCGCCGUACGAGGGCAGCGUCUCGAUGUUCUCGAGCCCGCACGAGUACCGCGAGCCGGGUUUCCGCCGCGAGUACCCGCAGGCGCCGCAGCAGCCGCACCCGGGCCUCGGCUCGCCGCACGGGCCCUCGUCGUACCCGAUGUACCCGGGCUCGUUGUCGGCGCCCAUCCCGCAGCACCCGCCGCAGCAGCGCGCGAGCUACACGACGUUCGCGCCGCCGCCGCCGCACCCGUCGUCGUCGUCGUUGUCGCACGGCCACGGCAACGCCAUGCUGUCGUCGCCGGCCCUGACGCACGUCGACUCGCCCGCGACGCGUUUCUCGGGCCUGCGCAUCCGCCGCGCGUCGUCGGUCGGCGCGCUUGACCUCGACACGCACCACGCAUCGUCGUCGUUGUCGUCGCCGCUGUCGUCGCUCGCGUCGUCGCCGGCGCUCACGGUCGCGGCCGGCCCGAGCAUGGGCUCGACGUCGUCGGCCACGACGAUGGGCCAGGCGUUCCUGUCGGCGUCGCCGCACAUGUCGCAGGGCCACCCGUCGCCGCUCCUGUCGCACGGCCACCCGUCGCCGUCGGUCGCGGCCGCCUCGCCGGCGCUCUCGCACCCGCUCUCGCACGUCAACGCCCACUCGCACUCGCACUCGCACACGGGCAGCCCUGUCAUCGGUCUCGGCCUCGAGCUGAGCCCGACGGCGACGAGCAGCAACGUGGGCGAGUCGUCGAGCCUGUCGUCGACGCUGUCGGCCGCGCCGAGCGCGCACGAGCGCCGCCUGUCCGAGGUGCACCGCUCGCCCGUCCGGCCGGCGUUCGCGUUCGCCGACGACGACUUUGCGGCCGGUGGCCCCGGGUCACCGACGGCGUCGAGCUUCCAGUUCCCGGCGCCGUCGUCGGUGCCGCGCAAGGGCUCGCUGAGCGGGCUCGGGGGCGUCGGUCCGGCCGGGCAGCGGCCGAGCUUCAGCUCGAUGACGACCAAGCUGCUCGAGCGGAUGGAGGACGAGCAGAUGGCGCACGCGCACGAGCAGGAGCACGAGGCGUCGAGCGGCAUGGUGUACUGA